AUGCUAGGAGAUUUUAAUUAUUCCUCAUAUGCAAAUGCCUCUCGUGCUGGCCUCGCACCACGUCUAUGGCUGCAUUUUGUCACUAACCACUUUGUAGACUGUGUCACUUUGUCUGACGCUCAACCUAUGCCUACCUUUCAUCGCGACCUUUCCUCUUCGACUAUCAACUACAUAUAUGCCUCCAAGGAUAUAGUGUCUUGUCACUCUUCGUCCACCAUCACAUUUGUUCAGCCCCUGUGGACCGAUCAUUGCCUUGUACGUACCUGUCUUAGUUUUCCUAUGCUGUCUCACAUUGGUCGAGGUUUGUGGCGUGCGAACCCUCGUUUGGCGAACAUCCCUUCCUUCUGCCCCUCCCUGUCCAACUGUCUUUCAUCCUUCAUACCACUACUCUUGCCUUCAAUUUCCCCCCAAUCACAGUGGGAUCUGAUCAAAGUCAAAGUGGCUCGUUUCACACGUUCAUAUUCAUGCAUAACCCGCCCAUCACUUGCCACUUUGGAGAUUGAACCUACCUGUAAUAUCCACCACUCUUGCUCUCUCUCUAUUCGUGGCCGUGCCACAGUGCUCAACUCUCUCAUCCUCUCUCAGCUCUGGCACGUCCUCAGAGUUGUCACUGUACCUCUAUCCUUUUUCCAUCGACUUUGCUCAAUCAUGAGUAAGUUUAUACAAUACUGCUCCUUUCCUCCCAUUUCUCUCGGCACUUUCUGCCAGCCUAUUCGGCUCGGCGGUCUAGGGGUCCUUGACCCUCAGGUUCAACAAGCUGCUCUUCAGUUGCGCUGGCUCCGGCCUCUCAUCCGCUCUCCGCUGUCCCCCUCUGGCCUGGUCCCGCCUUGGUUCUCUUAUGUCCUCCGCCUCAACUCCUCAUCUGCUGAUCCACUUGUUCCUUUGAUAUUUCCAUCUCUCCAAUCCUCUCAUCAGCGUGAUUUCGACUCUCCUCUGGCCACCCUACUUGCUGCCAUUGAUCUUCUCCCUCACAACUUCUCUGACGUGGUAGUCAACCUCCCCACCUGUCUCUCUCUGCCUCUCUCCUAUCUCACUACCGCACAACCAGACCACCCUCCCUUUCCAUCUGCAUGGCGCGAUCUCCGGGUUUCCGACACCUAUGAAGUAGAUCCUAGUUUUGGCAUGCUUGCCCAAUGCCCCCUCCACCGCAUACUCUGUCAUCCUAUUGUCCUUCACCGGUUCUUCGAACGUCUCUACACUUGCUCUCUUGUCUUGCACCCUGUCUUGUAUUGUGCCACCAUUCCCCCUGCAAUCUGUGCCAUACAGUUUCCUUUGCUAGAUAUGCCUUCUGGUACAGCUGUCGAUGUGCGUCCUUUCUUGACGGCUCUUGUCCCCGGCAUCCCUUGGCAUCGUUUGUCCACCCAGUCUUUCCACCUACUCUGCAAUUUCCACUCCAAAUCUGCACGCCCCAUAAGCCCCACACUCGUCCCUUGCCAGCUUCGUCGGUUUUGGUCCUUCCCCCUGCCGCAUGGGGCCCGCAACGUUUGGUUUUGUGCCCUGCACAAGAACAUUCCUUGCCGUUCUCACCUCAAUUCUAGGAUCCCUACCGCUUUUCCAGACCCAUCCUGUGCCCUCUGCUCUCAUCCUCUGGACAAUCAAACUCAUUUUUUGUUCCAGUGUCCGGUCAAACUGUCCGUAUGGUUGUCAAUCUGGACGUUGUACUUUGCCCAGACCGCGACACCCACUGUCUUGCUUUCUGGUUUGCAAACCUUCACAUUCCCUCCUUGCACCGAUUCUUCUCUUUCUGCUGCCUCAAUUUUUGGCUGCACGCUGCUGGCUAUAUGGUGCCAUCAUUGGCUGUUCAUAUUUGAUCACGUUCCUUUUGUCUCCUCCGCUACCUUUUCCACUGCUUCCUCUCUUCUCGACUGCCUCAAGAGCAAACUUGCUCUCGACUUUCCCCCCCCCCUUUAG